AUGUCAUCAUCACAAGAAGCCAGAAUCUUUUUAUCAAAGAUUUUUUCAAAUGAAGAUGAUAAGGAUGAUAAUGAUGAUAAUGGUGAUCAUAGUCGAAAACGAGCAUUUGUGACAUUAACAUAUGCGCAAAGUUUGGACGCUAAAAUUGCAGGUCGAGGUGGCAAGAAAUUGGUGAUAAGCGGACAUGAAUCGAUGAUCAUGACACAUCGGAUGCGAACCUUACAUGAUGGUAUUUUGGUAGGGAUAGGCACCAUAUUUAGUGAUGAUCCUAGAUUAACAGCAAGAUUAAUCGACCCAGACGAAGAAAAAACGGUGGUACAACCACAACCAAUAAUUUUAGAUUCGUCUUUGCGGUUUCCACUUUCAGCUCGAUUAUUAAAGCAAAUAAAAAAAGAAGUUGGAGAUGAUAGUAUUAAAUCUCCUUGGAUAUUUACUAGUGAUAAACAUGACCCGUUGAAAAGGGAGUCAUUAGAGCAAGCAGGUGCCAAAGUAUUCGUCAUUGAGACAGAUCCAAAAAAUGGACAUCUUUCCCUAGCUCACCUAUUAACAACUCUUAGCUCUGCGCCGCUCUCAUUGACACGUAUCAUGGUAGAAGGCGGCUCAACAAUCAUCAAGUCAUUUUUAUCAAGUGGACUGGUGGACCAACUUGUUGUUACCAUUGCACCAAUCUUCGUUGGUGGUGAUGGGUUAUCGGUUUUUGAUAUUGGGAAAUUGAUUGACAAUAAUAAAGACGAUGAUGCUGCUGAUAGUAAUAAAACUCAGGAAAAGACACUUAAAUUUCCUCUCUGUGAUAAAGUAACGUACAAACAGUUCGGCAAGGAUAUGGUGAUGUCUGCACAAUUAACCUAUAAUCAAAAUGAAUUACCCAAAAAUGAAGAAUUUUUGGAAAAAUCAAUGAUUCUGACAAAGAAUCUUUACGAUGAAUUAUUAUCAUCAUCGAAAGAAGAAAAAGACCUGAAUUCGAAUUAUUUGGAAUUGAUCAUGUGGAUAUUGAGAAUGAUUAGAAAUUUUGUUGCUGAAAUAGAGGAAAAUCAAAAUUAUGCAAUGAAAUACGAAUGGCAUAAGAUUAUCGAAGAAAUCUUAGUUUAUUGUACCUCAAAUCUUUAUCAACAACCAAAUCAACAAACGCUAUUAUUGAAUAUAACAAGAUCAGGUACACAAGCAUUAUCAAAUAUAAUUACUGGUAAUUCGAGUGCGCAAAAAAUUAUCUGGGAUGAACUAUUAUUAUUGUCGUCUUUGAAAGAUAAAGAAAAAGUGGAAUCUUUUAAUGAAGAUUUAUUAAGUAAGUUAGCUUCUUGCGGCGAUGACAUUGUACUAUUAAGUACACUCGUGCUAGUUUUCAAUACGAUGCAUGAUAAUGAAUCACGGUGUAAAGCAUUAAUAGAAUCAAGCGUUGGCGCUCGAUUACUGAAAAUAAUUUUACAUGAAGCUGGAUCUUCUAUUAACGAGGCGGGUGUUAAAGGAGAAAAAGAAGCAAAGAAAAGCUUUGAAUUAAUAUAUGCAUUGAUAUCCAGAAUAAUAGAAUUAGAUCUUUUCCCGCUACUUUUUGAGAAAUUAUAUGAUUCGGAAGAAGCAAAAACUAAUGGACUUACGCAGAAUCAAAUAGUUCUUUUGAAAUUACUCUAUUCUAAACUCUUUAACGAUAAUUCGCCAUUAUUAUUAUCAACAUUAUCACAAGCAUGCUCUUAUCUUGUUCGUCUAUUCAAUUCAAUUACACCUGAAAUUAUUAAGGAGAUGGAAGCUAUAAAGAAUCAACAAUCAGUGAUCUAUGAUAACAAUACUAGCAUUUUUACUGAUACCCUGACAGCAGAACUUAAGUCUGAGGAUGAUACAAUAUCAACAAGAAGAAUCACCUGUUUGAGGCUCUUGUUAAAUAUUAUUGGAGAUUCGAGUCAAUUUAUAGAUGAUGAAAUAAACGAAGAGGAUGAUUACGACAAUAAUGGAAAUAUUCGAGAAUAUUUGUUCAAGAAUGGAAUCCUUGCUAAUCUGGCAUACGAAAAUAGAAUUGUACAAGAUGAGGUAAGAAGAUUAGGAGGUAUUCAAUUGAUCUUGAAUCAAUGUAACAUCGACGACAACAAUCCAUUUCUACGAGAACAAUCAAUAUUCGCAAUCCGAAAUCUACUAUACCAAAACUCAGAAAAUCAAAAACUCGUCGGUGAGCUUACACCGAUCCGUGCUGUACAAAGUGAGGUGCUUGACGAUUUGGGUAUUAGUGCAAAGAUUGUUGAUGGUGAUGAAAAUGAUUUCUUUCGUUCAAAUACUAAUACAAGUAAAUCAGAAGAGCAAAUAGACCCAUUUAGUGCUGGCUAUAAAACUCCAAACAAAGACCAAAUAUUGAAAGAACCAAUAAUUAUCGACGAAUUUUCAAUGAAAAUACAACCAAUUCGCGACGAAUCAUCAACGAAAGAACCAAUAAUUAUCGAUGAAUCUUCAAAGAAAAUACAACUAAUUAGCGACGAAUCUUCAACGAAAAAACCAAUAAUUAUAAUUA